GCGGCGGUCUUCCCAAGUGCUCUCGGGCCUGCUCAACUGAAAAUCUUCUUCUUCUUCUUUUGCGCAUCCGACCUUUUGCAUCCUCGCAGGACCACCGCUUCAGCGACGAGAUCGACAAGCUGACGGGCUACAAGACCCAGUCCGUCCUCUGCAUGGCCAUCUGCGACAGCGACGGCGAGGUCAUCGGCGUGGUGCAAGCCAUCAACAAGAACCCGGCGGGGACGCCGUUCACCGAGGACGACGAGAAGGUGCUGCAAAUGUAUCUCCCCUUCUGUGGAAUAUCCAUCUCCAACGCCAAGUUGUUUUCGGAGUCUCGCAAGGAGUACGAAAGGAGCAGGGCUUUGCUGGAGGUGGUCAACGACCUGUUUGAGGAGCAGACCGAUUUGGAGAAGAUCGUGAGGAAGAUCAUGCAACGGGCCUUGACCCUCCUGCAGUGCGAACGCUGCUCCGUACUUCUUCUCGAGGACAUCGAGUCACAGGUUGUCAAGUUCUCCAAGACGUUCGAGCUGAUGUCGCCCUUGAGCAACAUGCACCGUGACAUCAGCAUCGAGAAGCUGUCGUGCUCCGAUUGGCUGAUCAAUAACAGCAUCGCCGAGCUGGUGGCCUCCACGGGGCUCCCCGUUAACAUCAGCGACGUGUGCCAAGACCCCCGCUUUGACGCCGAGGCGGACCAAGCCUCAGGAUUUCACAUCCGAUCGGUGUUAUGCGUGCCGAUCUGGAAUAGAACUCAUCAGAUUAUCGGGGUUGCACAAAUUCUGAACCGCCUGGACAGGAAGACCUUCAACGAUGCCGAUCAGAGGCUGUUUGAGGCAUUUGUGAUUUUCUGCGGACUUGGCAUCAACAACACGAUGAUGUACAAUCAAGUGAAGAAGACGUGGGCCAAGCAGUCCGUGGCCUUGGACAUGUUAUCUUACCACGCGACGUGCUCAAAGGUAGAAGUUGACAGACUCAAGGCGGCAAAAAUCCCCCUGAGCUGCGAGCUCGGCAUCGACGAGUUUCAUUUCAACGACUUCUCGCUGGACAACGACGCGAUGAUCACCGCGUCCCUCCGGAUGUUCCUGGAACUCGGCGUGGUUCAGACCUUUAAAAUUGACUACGAGGUCUUAUGUCGCUGGCUUCUCACCGUGAGGAAGAACUACCGAACCGUGGCCUACCAUAACUGGAGGCACGCCUUCAACGUGUCCCAGUGCAUGUUCGUCAUGAUCACGUCGGCCGGCUUUCAGGACGUUUUAUCCGAGGCAGAGAUUCUGGCGCUGAUGGUUGGCUGCUUGUGCCACGAUCUGGACCAUCGAGGCACCAAUAACGCAUUCCAAGCCAAGACUGGUUCCGCUUUGGCGUUGCUCUACGGGACGUCGGCGACGCUCGAACAUCAUCACUUCAAUCACGCCGUCAUGAUCCUGCAAAGCGAGGGGCACAAUAUCUUUGCAAACCUCUGCUCGAAAGAAUACGGCAACAUGAUGCAACUGUUGAAGCAGGCCAUCCUCUCCACGGACCUUACUUUGCACUUUGAGCGCAGGAGCAAAUUCUUUGAGGCCGUGCUUGCCGAAGAAUUCAGUUGGACGGAAGAAAAACACAGAGAAGCCCUCAGAUCCAUGCUCAUGACCGCCUGCGAUUUGGGCGCCGUCACUCGGCCGUGGGAGAUAUCCAAACAGGUUGCCGAGCUGGUGACGAGUGAAUUCUUCGAGCAAGGAGACAGAGAAAGGUCGGAGUUGAAGCUCACGCCUGCGGCCAUAUUCGAUCGAAAUCGCAAAGAUGAGUUACCUGCCUUGCAGUUAGAGUGGAUAGACGGCAUCUGUAAACCUCUCUACCAGUCCCUGCUUAAGCUAAACAGGAAAUUGCAGCCAAUGACGGAAGGGAUCGAGGCCAACCGAAAGAAGUGGCAGGAAUUAUGCGGGUCUAAUGAGCAGGCACGCGACGCCUCGGUGACCGGUCGGAGUGCCGAGGCUGCGGAAGCCUGCCAAGAGUCCGAUUUGAAGCCGGACGAAAAAAACAAUUUGGGGUCAGAGGGUCAUCAAGGGUGAAAUUUAGAGUCAGACCGCAGCUGGACUAAAAGGAGAAAAACAAAUGUGAGGUUGGGCUCAACCCCCAAAAUGACGGAAACAAAACAAAAAUGUGAAUUCCUGAUUUCCACCAAUAGCGGAUGUUCAUUCGCAUGACUACAAAGAGUACCAGGCGUUUAUUUUUUCAAAACACGCGAGGUGAAUGAAACAAGUAGUAGUAGUAGUAGUAGUAGUAGUCGUACUGCAAUUAAUAAGCCGACGAAGGUAUGGUGGAGGCGCUGUCAUUAGGCUGAUGAUGAUGAUGAUGAUGAUCGUGAUGACGUUUGCUUUACUGUGAUCGGUUUAGGCUAUAGAGCUCGUGGACCGACGUCAUCAAAUCGCGUCACUGGCCGGAAGUGUCGGUCAAACAAAGCAUCGUUCGAUGCACGACGCCCAGAGUCUUGUCCGAUACAGAAGGUGAAAAAUAGAUAAACUCGGCGUAGAGGACUCAUAUUUAAUGCAGAUAAGAAAUUGGACCGUAAACCCGCUUCCGCUUGUCUUGAGCAACUGGAUCUACACAUGGAUCUGGUGAGUAAGUCGUCGAGAUUUACACGGAAAAGUUUGAAAGCGUAGAAAAGUCUGGAUACAAAUACUCUGUUGCUGGAUCUGUUCUCAAUCAGGAAUAAAUGGCACACAGUGACGGGUCGACGGCUCGUGAACGCGGAAGCGUACUCGGCUACGUGUUAACCUUUGCCGGAAUCCAUUGAUCUUUUCAGCAAGUAUUCAACACAAAUAGCAAUAUUUAAAUAAAUGACCCCUAGUUUUAGACAAA